AUGGCGACUGUCAUUCACAACCCCCUGAAAGCGCUCGGGGACCAAUUCUACAAGGAAGCCAUCGAGCACUGCCGGAGCUAUAACUCGAGGCUGUGUGCAGAGCGCAGCGUGCGUCUCCCUUUCCUGGACUCGCAGACCGGGGUGGCCCAAAACAACUGCUACAUCUGGAUGGAGAAGAGGCACCGCGGCCCAGGCCUCGCCCCGGGCCAGCUGUACACGUACCCUGCUCGCUGCUGGCGUAAGAAGAGACGAUUGCACCCACCUGAGGAUCCAAAGCUUCGGCUGCUGGAAAUUAAACCUGAAGUGGAGCUGCCCCUGAAAAAGGAUGGCUUCACCUCAGAAAGCACCACGCUGGAAGCCUUGCUCCGUGGUGAGGGUGUCGAGAAGAAGGUGGAUGUCAGAGAGGAGGAAAGCGUCCAGGAAGUACAGAGGGUUCUGGAAAAUGACGAGAAUGUAGAAGAAGGAAAUGAAGAAGAAGAUUUAGAAGAGGAUAUUCCCAAGCGAAAGAAUAGGACCAGAGGACGGGCCCGUGGCUCUGCAGGUGGCAGGAGGAGGCAUGACGCCGCCUCUCAGGAAGACCAUGACAAACCUUACGUCUGUGACAUCUGCGGCAAGCGCUACAAGAACCGUCCAGGACUCAGCUACCACUACGCCCACACUCACCUGGCCAGUGAGGAGGGGGAUGAGGCCCAAGACCAGGAGACCCGGUCCCCACCUAACCACAGAAAUGAGAACCACAGACCCCAGAAAGGACCGGAUGGGACAGUCAUUCCCAACAACUACUGUGACUUCUGCUUGGGGGGCUCUAACAUGAACAAGAAGAGCGGGCGGCCUGAGGAACUGGUGUCCUGUGCAGACUGUGGACGCUCUGGUCACCCAACCUGCCUGCAGUUCACCCUGAACAUGACCGAGGCCGUCAAGACCUACAAGUGGCAGUGCAUAGAGUGCAAAUCCUGCAUCCUGUGUGGGACCUCAGAGAAUGACGACCAGCUACUCUUCUGCGAUGACUGUGACCGUGGCUAUCACAUGUACUGUUUAAACCCCCCGGUGGCUGAGCCCCCAGAAGGAAGCUGGAGCUGCCACCUGUGCUGGGAACUGCUCAAAGAAAAGGCCUCAGCCUUUGGCUGCCAAGCCUAGGGCUCCAGGGUGUUGGAGAGGCGGAGGCGGAGCCCAGUUCAAACCAGAUCAAGCCCCCGCUCCCAUGUAUCCAGACAGACCAACUGUAAGGAAGACCUGUGGCCACAGAGGGCAUGGCCACGUAGAACCACGAGGGUGAGGUGUCUGCUUCCCUCCUGCACACAGGUUUCGGUACUUCAGUCGGCCCCUCCAUGUUUCUACUGGAAGGAUCUUGCACUUUUGAAGAACACUCCCAGCCCCGGCCCUGUGGAACCCCCUCACAUUUAUCCCAGCACUGAGGCCCUCUCACUGGCUCCCAUUUUAAGGGAAGCUGCUUUGUGACCACCUAUCAGUCAUUUACGUGUAGUUUGGUGUUUUCUAUCUAUUGUGUUCCAAGAAAUCUUCACACAGCCUCCCGCCUCCUGCUUCGGCUCUUCAUCCUGAACUCAGCAGAGGGUCAAAAGGCUGUGGAGAAGUUUUUAUUACAAGCCUUUCUGGAAACUUCUAGACUCAGAGUCGGGAGGCCAUCUUGACGAUCAAAAUCCCUUUUUGUUCCUUGGACUCUGUGAAGAAAAAAAGCGGUUUUCUGGACCCCCAGCAGAUACCUAGUGGUGUCUA